UGAAAGAAAAAGAGUUUUUGUCUGUGAUGUAGCCAAAGUUUUUAACAAGACUUUGGAUAUUGUGCGAGAAAAUACAAAGUUUGUGAGAACUUGUAAAGACAUUUUGUUCAGCUGGAGUCACAUCACAGUAAUCUGUUGUUGUACUUUUUUUUGUUUUUCUUACCAUUUCUUCUUUCAUUUGUGUAGUGAAAGACUGAAACCACAAUUUUACUCAAUUUUUUCACCAUGCGGAGCGUCAGAUACAUAGAAGAACCAGCAGAAACAUUUCCUCUUCAGGAAUUUCUCGUGUGGUCACUAUUUCAUUAUGCCUUCCUAUGACACCACUGUUUAGAUUACAUCAUGUUUUCCUGUUAUCUUUUCUAUUUUAUCUUGCAUAUCUUUCUCAACUAUAUAUACAUAGGCUUCUAUUUCUACCGAGAUGUGGUUUUGGGUAGAAGUUCACUUAGUUCCUUUCUAGUCAGUUUCUAAAAAAACAAAAUUAAUAGUCCCACAGGUUUUUAAUUUGAGACAGUCUACUUCAGAUGUACUAUAGGCGCGACGCGAUUAAUACUAAACGACACUAGCGUCAACACAGCGUAUGCGCUGCUAUUGGCGUAUUUUGAGACUUCUAGAAAUAUGCUGAUAACUUUCUACAUAACGCAAAGUGAUAUAUAUAUAUUCUGAUAGUACACACUUUAGACUAUAUACUUUUAUACUCAUCUUGAAAAACAAGCGUUCUUUAAAAAAAUGAACGCACGCUAUUAAGGGGGAACUCUUUCUUUUUUUUGUUAAAAAGGACAGAAAUACUUUUCUAUUGCGUUUAAGUAUCGUCCAAUCAUGUAUAAAUUCAGUUUCAGCUACGUGUAACUAAUUUAUGCUGGUAAACUACCAAGGAAGACUUUAAACGUUUCGUUUAUUUUAUUUAUUCUGCUCAUUUGAAAUUGCUGCUGUAAAAGUUCAGGUUCUUGUGUAUCUAAGUUUGUAAAAUAUAAGAAGCAAGUGCUAGAUAGUGACACUCGUUAAGUUAUUUAACGUAGUUAGUAAACUAAUGUAAUAUCUUUGAGAAAAAAAAAACACGAAUAUCAUCAGUUUUACAAAAAGAUAUUUUUUUGGAAAUGAGUCUCUCCUUCGUUUAACAGAACAUUUUCCCACUGUUUGAUUUUUUUUCGAACAAACGCACCGAACAGGCACAAAAGCAUUUUAUAUUUUCUUUCUUCAGCUAAAUUGCGUUAAAAAUCUAUAAUAUUACGUUUACUCACGCUUUUUUAUACGUUUAUUUUUCUUUUAGAAAAUACAGAUACAGAUACGAGCUUCUAUCUGCAAAAAAUGCUCGAUUUCUUCUAUAUUUUAACCAAAGGCGGCCUAGUUCUCUGGUGUGUUCCAUCAGCAUCAUCAGAAUUUGUUCGUACAAUCAAUGAUGCGAUCGAUAAAGCUUUAUUACAAGGUCAAGGUGGAAAACAAAAAUGGGUAGAUCCAUUAAAUUCUCGAAAUAUACAUUACAAACUUGACAAUGAAUUUGAAUUAGUUUUUAUACUUGGAUAUCAAAAAACAUUAUGUUUAUCGUAUGCUGACAAAUUUCUUGAUGAAAUACAAAAACGGUUUCGUGAUCAAUAUAAAGAAGAUCUUAUAAUUGGUGGUUUUAGCCGGUCAUUUCGGCAGUUCCGUCGUACUUAUUGGGAAACAUUGAAGGCAAUUGAAGAUGAAGAUGAAAAAUCCAAACGCGAGCAUCGUGCACAAAAAAAAUAUGAGGAUACAACAAAGUUUAAUAGAACUAUUAAAAUUGCUACUAAGAAAAGUGAUGCUACGGAUGAGAAAAAUCACAAAAAGAAUAAAUCAUCAACAAAGAAUAAACAUGAAGAUAAACAAAUAACGCCUGAUACAGCUAUUAAUAACGGUGAUCAAGAACAUGUUGAUAUUGCUGAUACGAAAGAAGAUCCGGCUAGCGCUACUGACCUUGAAACACACAUCGAAAAUACAGCAGAAGAACCAGCCGCCGAUGACUUGCAAUCACCACAAUCUCUGAUGAAUCCAACGUCGAUCGAACAAAAAAUGCUAGCGUUGAAAAAAAGACCAGCACCAUUUUCAAAAACAGCCACUUCACGUUCACCGAAACCAGAAAAACCGACUAAAAAGAAAACUCCACAACUGUGGUCUAAAGAAAAUCCUGAUCCAGGAAAUUUAGAUUACACAUCAAAAAACGAUACUGCUUCCGCUGGAAAUGCGCGUCCUGGGGGAACUGUUGCUGCUCCUUCUGACCGUGGUGGACUAAAAGCAUUAACUAUCGAGGGUGGUUCUGUUGCAUCAACUUUGGCAACUAAUUUUUGGGAAAAAUUGAAAAAAGUAAACGUAUUUGCAUCGAAAACAUUAACAAAUGAAGAUAUACAAAUUGGCAUGGAAACAAUGAGAGAACAUUUAAUUGUAAGGCAUCGUGUGUUCAACAAUUGGGAAAUUUGA